UUUGGUGAUGAUGAUGAUUCUCAUUCUCAAAAUCUUUUUUAAAAUUCAAUACAAAGUUAUUUUUAACUUUAAUUUUAGUUAAAAAGUAAAUUAAAAUAUUUUAGUUUUAUUUUCGUUUAUGUCAUUUGGUUUUUGUUUUUUUUUUUGUUUGUGUGUGAACUGAUACUCUGAUAGUGUUUUGUGAUUAUGGAUAAUUUUCCUCUUACUUGACUCAGAAUAGAAAAUGAGCCUUCAUCUUAAUGUUAUUUGCCUUUUUUGUGCUGCUUGACUGUAAGUUUAGCCGUUUCCGUUAGAAGUUGCAGGUUGUAACUUGCAAUGCAACUCUCUUGGGGACAACUCAAUAAAUUAAGGCGAUUAUAGGGGUUUUUGACACCAACUUUAGGGAUAAAUAUUUUGGAGAGUUGGUAACACUAGUGUUUCCACAAUGAAUAGCGCUAGUCGUGGUGCCGCAGGACUGAGACGCUCAGCAAAUGCUGAAAGAAUCUGCCUUCGAGAGGAGUGGUCAGCAUUAAAAGGGGACCUAGGGACAAAGCAGAAACAGAGCUCAAAAGCCACAAAAAAACAGCAUAAACCACAGAAAAGUGCCACAGCACAUGAAAUUAUUACUAGAUCUCACAAAUCUAGUGAUGUGAAUGAAGCCCUCCGCGGGUUGGUGGUGCUAGUAGAAGUGGGCGUAGAGACGCGCGCGCUACCGCUCAGAGCUGCGCUGACGGCACUUGGAGCCUCUGUGGUGCCUGCCUGGAGUCCCCUAGUCACACACGUUGUUUGGUCUCAAGGUGGUUGCAGAAGUACUCGCGCUAAGGCCAGAGCGUUGGCCUGUCGGCUGGUGUCCCCGCUGUGGGUGGAGGCCUGCGCCGCCGACGGCAGGCGCCUGCCGGAGAGACUCUUCCCCGCACCCACCAGACCAUCCGACCUGCCGUCGCCGGGCGCUUUGAAGAGGUUCCUGAAAAAGGCCGAGGCAGAGAACAUACCGCUGCACACGCUGCUGCCGGACAGCGCAGAGGGCGCGGAGGGACGGAGGGCGCGCCUGCGGCUGUCCAGCGAGACCGAGCGUGACACGUCACAUGACACGUCGCGUGACACGUCACAUGACACGUCGCGUGACACGUCGCAUGACACUUCAAAAGAAAAUUCCCAUGACGCUACCGACGUAGAAGCCCGGGUGAACACGGCUCCGCGGCGCAAGUCCGUCGGGGCGCUGAACAAGAGGCCCGGGAAGUCCAAGAGGAAGCUGUUCACGCAGAAGGAGCCGGAGCUGCAGACCACUGAUGAUGAGGAGAAUGACGAGACCACGGCUGGACCGAAAGUGAUGCAACCAUCUAAAAUGACGCAGCGCAACAGAAAAGACUUGGCUCACGCGGAGAAAAUAGCGAGACUGCUCAUCGGAGGAGACAAACGCGCACAGACACAAAAACGGACAAUUGCAACACAAAAUGAUAAACGACUAAGAAUUGUACUUACAGGAAUGUCUAACGGAGAACGGCGUGAAGCGUUUGACGCUGUCACUAAAUUGAACGGAAUAGUGCAACAACGUGUUGAUCGUAAAACGACACACGUCAUUAUGGGGUCAUGCCUCGACAUCCCUUCAACAACAAUAACAACAAGACAGUCGCCAAAAACAACAAGAAAAUCACCUAAAACAACAAGAAAAUCGCCAAAAACGAACAAUUUGUUACCCUUGUCCAUAUGUAACAAAUGCAAUAGUCCAGAGAAAUUACUUUCCAAUAUGUUCUCAAGGAAUGUCAGAGUUGAAGACUUAUCGAAACAUAAUAAAAACAGAAAAGACAUAAUCUGCAAAUGCAAUUCCAACAUAUCUGGUGUUAAAAACAUAUCAGACAUUACUGACAAUAAUUUGGUGUUUCCUGUUGAGUUAGGAUGUAACAAUAAUCGAAUAAAUCUUGAUACUGAUGAAAAUGAAGGUUUCAUUGGUGAAAUUAGAGACAGUAUGGAUAUCUUAGAUCCUUUUGCAGAAUUUGAAAAUAUUAAUAUUGAAAAUGAACAGAAUUGUAAUCGUUUGGAUCCUGUUAUAGAAGUUGAAGAGAACGAUGAAAAUUUAGGUUUGGAAAGAGAAACAGGAAAUAACAAUUUGUGUACAAAUAAUGUUGUAAAACCCAAGCCCAGAACGGUGAAUGCUUUGCUCGGGGCAGCUCGAGGUUGCAGGGUUUUGCGAUACGAGUGGGUGAUGGACUCCUUGAGGGCGAAUCGGUGGUUACACCACAUUGGGUAUGAGGUGCAGCAUUUGAAAAAGAUCUCUCAAAAAGCGCGCGUAGAACGCUCGGCGCUGCACUUGAUGCACAAGGACUACGCGUGCGAUGUCUUCAGCGGCAUGCGCGUGAGAGUAUUUCCCGCCGCCGACCACAGAGACUCUAUAGCCCAACUGUUGACACUCUGUGGCGCCGUCAUUGUGACGGCGCCACAGAGUGUCACCGAUGACAUUGAUUUGACAGUUGGAACUGGCGCGGGCGAAGUCAGUUCCAAAUGGGUUUUUGACAGCGUCGCCGCUGCUAGAAUGAGAACGACUCGACGAUAUAUCAAUAAUAGUUGAAAUAUGUUUUUAUAAUUUA